UUGGACUCUGGGAUUAGUGGCCACAUGACUAGUCCAGCCUUCACGGUCGCUGGAGCGCGUUUCAUUAUUCAGGCUCUCCCGGUUUGGAGCAGGGCAGGGGCAUUCAUUCGAAGCAAUUUUAUUUCGUUUGAACAACCGACUUCGAAUUAUAUAAAAUCACGUAAACUUUCUUUAAAUUAUUUGCAUGGUCGAGGCUCUUUCUGUUAGCGCGUAGCCUAUCUCUCGAUUGGGUAAAGAAAGGAGCGCGUAAUCCAUUUCAACCAUGGCGCAGGGCAUAACCGGAGAGAAGUAUUGGGAGGAUAGAGUAGCCUUCGAAACAGAAGGAGCAGGUAAAGAAGUUGUAGAAUAUGGUGAUGUUUUGGAGCUUAAUCGAUUUGACGGACUACCCUACUCCUCUCGAUAUUACACAUUACUGAAGGAAAGGAUGGAUCUGCCAGUUUGGAAAGCCAGGUGUGAUUUCAUGGACAAGCUGGCCAACAGGCAGUUUAUUAUUGUCUCUGGCACUGCAAGAACUGGCAGAAGCUCUCAGAUUCCCCAGUGGUGUGCAGAGUUCUGCCUGUCUGUCCAGUACCAGAAUGGCAUGGUGGUGUGCACCCAGGUCCACAGGCAACAUACAGUGGAUCUGGCCCUGCGUGUAGCUGAUGAGAUGGAUGUCAACAUUGGUCAUGAAGUGGGCUACAGCAUCCCCCUAGAGACAUGCUGCUCUGGUGACACUGUUCUCAGGUACUGCACUGAUGACAUGCUGCUCAGAGAGAUGAUGUCAGACCCCAUGCUGGAGCACUACGGUGUCAUCGUCAUCGACCAAGCCCACGAGAGGACGGUCAGUACAGAUGUUCUACUGGGCCUUCUCAAAGACAUCGCCCUGCAAAGGCCCGAGCUCCGUGUGGUGCUCCUCACAGCUACACACCCAGGACCCACACUACUGGGCCACUACAGGAAUGUCCCACUGAUCCAGCUGGAGGGGGUAUGUUCAGCGGAGGCGGUGUAUACUGGUACCAGCCACAAGGACUACUUCUGCUCUGCCCUGCGACUGGUUCUGGAGAUACACCACUCCCAAGAGGAAGGGGAUAUAGUUGUGUUUUUGGCCACAACUCAAGAGAUAGAUCUUGCCCGUGAUAUCCUCCUUCGCGAGGAGGCCAAUAUACCCCCACAUCUAGGGGAACUUCUCCCUAUCUCGGUGCACCCUGGGCUGGGUGGAACUCUGCCCAUGCCGGGUGAAGAGGAAGGCCGGUGCAGAAGAGUAUUCCUCACCUCCAGUCCAAAUGAAGACCUCUUCUGGGCUGUGCACAUGCUGAACUUUGUCAUCGAUGCCGGUGUCCAGAAAAGAAAUGUUUAUAACCCUAGGAUCAGAGCGAACUCAGUCGCCAUUCAACCUAUCAGUCGGAUCCAAGCAGAAAGCCGCAAACAGCUUGUAGGACCAACAGGGAAGAGUUUUUGUCUGUACCCAGAGGACACACCCCUGCCCAGUGAGACACGCCCCCACAUCCUUGAGUCUGACAUCACAUCCACGGUGCUCUUCCUGAAGAGGAUGGACAUUGGCGGUCUGGGCCGCUGUGACUUUAUCGACAGGCCAGAUCCUGAGGGUCUGAUGCAGGCCUUGGAGGAACUGGACUAUCUAGCAGCCCUGGAUGAUGAUGGGAACCUGUCAGAGAUCGGCAUCAUCAUGUCUGAGUUCCCCCUGGAGCCCCAGAUGGCCAAGACACUACUGGCCUCCUGCGAGUUUGACUGUGUCAACGAGGUGGUCACCAUCGCCGCCAUGCUGACAGCACCAAGCUGCUUCCUGGUCCCCUCAAGGGAGUUGAGGCUAGAGGCCUCUCAGUGUCACCUGAAGUUCCAGCACCCAGAGGGAGACCACUUCACCCUCAUCAACAUCUACAAGGCUUUCAAACAGAACCAGCAUGAGCCCUUUGUCAGUGUGGAGAAGUGGUGUCAGGACUACUUCCUGAGUCUGUCUGCCCUGCAGACAGCUGAUGCUAUCCGCUCUGAGCUGACUGACAUCCUGAGGAGGAUAGAGCUGCCUGUCUCCAUGCCUUCCUUUGGCUCCAAGGGAAACACUCUCAACAUUAAGAGAGCGCUGCUAGCAGGCUUCUUCAUGCAGGUGGCAAGGGAUGUGGAUUCAUCAGGGAAUUACUUCAUGUUGACACACAAGCACGUGGCCCAGAUCCACCCUUUCUCUGCCUACGGCACCAAGACACCCAAACUGGGCCUGCCGGAGUGGGUCCUCUUCCAUCAGUACUCCUUCUCAGAGGACAACUGCAUCCGCACCGUGUCCCACAUAUCACCAGAGGAGUUCAUUCAGAUGGCUCCACAGUACUUCUUCUUCAACCUGCCUCCCAGCGAGAGCAAGGACAUCCUCCAGAACAUCUUAGACAAUGGAGCUGAACACUACAAAGCGAAGAAGAUUCAAAAGAGCCCCAGCCUAGAGAGCAUACCAGAGGUUACCGCCAGUUGUGUCAUACAGUGAUUGUGAAGGCCUCGGUUGAGAAUGUCUUAGAGGCAGAAACUCCCUACUCAUUCCCCGGUACUGUAUUAUAUGAUCACUUUCACCAGUGUUACCUUUCGGUCAUCUCAUCACCAGUGUUACCUUUCAGUCAUCUCAUCACCAGUGUUACCUUUCAGUCAUCUCAUCACCAGUGUUACUUUUGAGUCAUUGAAACUUAGCCUGACAUUAACAUGAUUCUAUCUAAUUAAUAUAAUUCAACUUGUUAAUUACUGGAAUUGAAUUAUGGGAAGAAAAGUGACACUAUCUGUCCAGAUUGCCAAUGUGUUAGUUUUAGCAAUAUUUAUAUAGGCAUCCUUUCUAGUCAAUGUAUAUUUAAAUUUAUAGAGCCCUACGUAUGUACAGGGAUGUAUGUUGUUUCUUGGAACUUGCCAUUUAAUAAUAAACACAUCACUAAAAAUG